AUGGGUAAUCAUUCAACUCGACAUAAUGAUAAAUUGGAACAAAAACAUAUUCAUUCAGCUACAACCACUAACAAUAAAGUAUCUAAAUCAAUUUCCCGUAGUACUUCCAGUAAUGAAAUCGAACAAAAUUUUACGACACAUUUUCUUCCUAUAGACAAAUUGAGCAAAAUUUUGGCUGAACAUAGUGAAUAUGAAGAUAGUGUUCAUCAUGGUAUUUCAGAAAAUGUAUUUGUCAAAUAUUUAUUCCCUCACUAUCCGCAAUUGGGUUCGAGGUUAUUUAAAUAUCUCCUUGCUUCAUCACAAAAAGUUUCUUCCAAAUACUUAGGAACAUCAACAUUUAAACAAGAAGUUGAGAAGUUAUUAUCUUUGAUGAAUGAUCAAAUCAUUUUAGAUACUUAUGUUAAAAUUUACUGUCACUCAUACGAAAACAGCAAUAUGACUCCAGAGACGUUGAAAGAAUUAUUGAUGAUUUCUUAUCAAUCAGCAACGGAAAGUGAACCAAAUACUUGUCCAUAUAUACUCGAAACAAUUAAUACUGUUAUUACUUCUUGUUUUCACGGAAAAGAAAAUCUUUCGAUAUGUUAUGUAAGUAAUUGGCUGUCACAGCACUGUCCCAGAGUAGUUUCUGGAGUACAUAAAGCAAUUGUCCAUAUAUUUACUAUUGCCUAUCGCUAUGGUAAAAAACUUUUAUCAACUGGAGAAUUACAGCUGCGGGUGGAAUCAGUUACACCAGUUUUAGAAAAAGCCGUAUUUUUUGAUAAGCCUGAGAACUUACUACCAUUGAGCCAUGUUUGGCUAUUAUCCAUCUCCUUACCACUCACAUAUAUUCAGACUGAAGAUUCAUCACCAGAAAAUAAUAUGGCUAAAACGCUUCCGAUAUCAAGGAGUCCUUGUCCAAGCCAUUGGACUUUACUUUACAGCAGCGAUGAACAUGGGACAGGGGCUAAUCGUUUUCUUCACCACGUGUUGGGGUAUCGCGGCCCAACGAUAGUCAUUAUUAAAGGAGAUAACGGCAGUAAUGGGCAUGCUACUUAUUGCAUAUGUAAUGCUGUCGAGUGGCGAGAGUCUCAUCUUUACUGGGGUGAUGCGGACUCCGUUAUUCUAGAAUUAUAUCCUACUUAUAAGAUAUUUCAGAAAAAAUCGAAAAUUUUGUACUUAAACACUGGUAUACGAGGAUAUCCUUAUGGGUUAAGAGCUGGAGAUGAUCCACGAAAUCCUAUUAUUAACAUCGAUCAAUCAUUUCACUCAAUCAAUUUUGAAGGUGCUCCUCAUCGUAUUACAAGUAUCGAAGUGUGGGGUUGUGGCGAUCGAAAAUCAAGAGAACGACAAUUAGAAGUUAAAAAAUGGCAAUUACAAGAAGUUGAAAAACAAAGAGUUGUAAAGUUAAGCCCUAAUGAUUGGUUGGAUCAUCCAGAUCGUUAUUUACUAGAAUUGGCUGGUCGUCAAUCAUAUAAUAAUGCCAGUAGUUGA